UUGGCCAAUUUGGACAUGUCUUAGUUACGUUGGGUUGGAAGGGGAAGAAACGUCUUCUUCAGUCUUUACUCUACACUAACCGAAUUCUAUAGGAACUAUCGAGAAAGAUGGCGGAGAUGGCGGUCGGCAGCGACGUUCCACCGAAUAAUACCAUUUACAUCAAUAAUCUCAACGAGAAAACCAAGCUCGACGAAUUGAAGAAAUCGCUGCAAGCGGUGUUCUCGCAAUUUGGUGAAAUCAUCGAGAUACUUGCGUUUAAAACCCUGAAACACAAGGGUCAGGCAUGGGUUGUUUUUGAGGACAUUUCGUCUGCCACCAGUGCUCUGAAGCAGAUGCAGGGUUUUCCAUUUUACGACAAACCAAUGAGAAUACAAUAUGCUAAAACGAAAUCAGAUAUCAUAGCAAAAGCAGAUGGAACUUUCGUACCCCGAGAAAGACGAAAGAGGCAUGACGACAAAGGGAAGAAACGCAAGGGGCAACAUGAUGCUAAUCAAGCAGCGGUUGGUGUAAAUCCUACUUAUGCUGGUGCAUAUGGUGCUGCUCCUCCGUUAUCACAAAUACCGUCGUCGUACAUGGGAGGAGGUGGUAAAUCUGGGAUUGCGGAGGCACCGGCCCCACCAAACAACAUAUUGUUCAUCCAAAAUCUCCCUCAUCAAACAUCAUCAAUGAUGUUGCAAAUGUUGUUCAGGCAAUACCAAGGAUUCAAGGAAGUAAGAAUGGUGGAAGCGAAACCGGGGAUUGCAUUUAUCGAGUACGGAGACGACAUGCAGGCGACGGUUGCGAUGCAUAGCCUCCAAGGAUUUAAGAUCAAUCCCGAUAGCCCUAUGUACAUCACCUAUGCUAAGAAGUAAUUCUCCUUUUCCUUUGGUAAGUGUAAAAUUACUUGAUUUUGUAGUAAAUUUACUUUAUCAAGUUAGA